AUGAGACAAAAAAUCACAGACAAAGGUGAUCUGAACAGCCCACAAAUUACAGACAAAGGUGGUUUGAACAUAACACAAAUCACAGACAGAGCUGAUCUGAACAGAACACAAAUCACAGACAAAGCUGAUCUGAACAGAACACAAAUCACAGACAAAGGUGAUCCAAACAGACCACAAAUCACAGACAAAGGUGAUCUGAACAGACCACAAAUCACAGACAAAGGUGGUUUGAACAGACCACAAAUCACAGACAAAGCUGAUCUGAACAGACCACAAAUCACAGACAAAGGUGAUCCGAACAGACCACAAAUCACAGACAAAGGUGAUCUGAACAGACCACAAAUCACAGACAAAGGUGGUUUGAACAGACCACAAAUCACAGACAAAGGUGGUUUGAACAGACCACAAAUCACAGACAAAGGUGAUCCAAACAGACCACAAAUCACAGACAAAGGUGAUCUGAACAGACCACAAAUCACAGACAAAGGUGAUCCGAACAGACCACAAAUCACAGACAAAGGUGAUCUGACAGACAAAGGUGAUCUGAACAGACCACAAAUCACAGACAAAGGUGAUCCGAAAAGACCACAAAUCACAGACAAAGGUGGUUUGAACAGACCACAAAUCACAGACAAAGGUGAUCUGAACAGACCACAAAUCACAGACAAAGGUGAUCCGAACAGACCACAAAUCACAGACAAAGGUGAUCUGAACAGACCACAAAUCACAGACAAAGGUGGUUUGAACAGACCACAAAUCACAGACAAAGGUGAUCUGAACAGACAACAAAUCACAGACAAAGACAAAGGUGAUCCGAACAGACCACAAAUCACAGACAAAGGUGGUUUGAACAGACCACAAAUCACAGACAAAGGUGGUUUGAACAGACCACAAAUCACAGACAAAGGUGAUCCGAACAGACCACAAAUCACAGACAAAGGUGAUCCGAACAGACCACAAAUCACAGACAAAGGUGAUCCGAACAGACCACAAAUCACAGAAAAAGGUGUCCUGGAAAUCCCCAGUUAG